AUGUGCUCUGAGCUUGAGGACGAGUGGCCGUCGUGGCCGCCAGUCUCGCGCAAUGGUAUCCCGCGCGACAACCUUCCCGGCUGGUCGGCUGAGGUGCGGUGGAGGAGCCUGCACCGGCAACAGGCGGCGGCGGCGGCGGCGGCGGCACCACCACAGACUCGCCUGGUCUUUCUCGGAGACUCGAUCACGGAGGGUUGGCUGCGCUCCGGCUUCUCGGGGACCGCUCCUUCGAUCCCGCAGCCGGUGAACGAACAGCUGUGGCACGACGCCUUUGGCCUGUGGUCGCCACUCAACCUUGCCAUCGGUGGCGACCGUGUCCAGGUCACAACGCUCAACGGCCGGCUGGCGGCGUAUGCUUGGAAGCGGCCGUGGGUGCGGUGGGUCGAUUGCGGUGACCGUUUCCUCGCGCCUGGCUACGCACCGGCCGACCAGGCUGCGAGCGCGACGCCCGACGGCAACCUGAUGCUGGCGGAGCCGUUGGGUGCCCCACACGCCCGCGCUCACCAGGUGAAGCGGAACGCCUCCUCGGCGGCGGGGCCCGGGGGGCGUCAUUUGCAGCCGCACCUCAUGUACGACUUGCUCCACCUGACGCCCGAGGGGUACACUCGCUGGGCCGAGUGUUUGCGGCCUGCAAUCGCAGAGGCCUUUGCUUGGAACGCUAACCGCACGCGGCGGCAGUAGGGGACCGCUCUUCCAGAACCGUACAUCAGCCGGACCCCGCACAUGCGCUUCUUUUUGUCAAGUAUUAGUUACUUUAUUGUUAUACUGACUUUGUUGUGGCUCAACUUGUAUAAAUAAUGCC